AUGUCCGCUUCCUUGGAGCGGGUCGUGGCCCAGAAGAAGCAGUCCAUCGAGGCCGUGAUGGACAUGUUCGAGAAGGGCGCCGAGGUGGUGGCGAGCGCUGUGGGCGAGUUCUUCCCGCUGUGCGAGGCCGCCGCCCCGGUGCUCCGCCUGGCCCUGGACAGCGUCCACAGCAAAGAGGUGUUCUACGUCAAGGAGCAGUUCCUGACUGUGAGGAACCGGCUCGACGUGCUCUCCGCCCAACUGGAAGACAUCGACGGUGAGAUCAAGAAGGGCCAACUGGACUCCCAGUACUUCUCGGUGGAGGAGAACAUCCGGAACCAGUUCCGCAAGUACCUGGACAUCCUGGAGGCGAAGCAGCAGUUCAGAGAGGUGAAGACCCGCCUCUUCGUGGAGCACUUCAACAGAACCGGAGGGGAGAAGAACCUGUGCGUGCUGCACGACGCGCUGAUGGGAACCAACAGCUUCGGACAGUCGGUUCUAGAGGUGGCUGAGAGGUACGUGGCGAGGAGCCGCCGCCUGCUGGAGGACUUCUGCGUGCGCAUGAAGGAGCUCCUGUGCCUGGGCCUGAUCGCUCUGCUGGGCCACGGCGCCCUGACCCGCGGCCCGCAGGACCAGGACGACCAGCUCCACGAGUGGAGCGCCAAGAUCCGAGAGGUGGAGUCCAGGAUGAAGGCGGCCAUCGAGUCGUGCGUCUCCGCCUUCCCGGAGCAGGCCGAGAUAGACGCUCGGCGCCUCCUGCAGGAGAAGGAGGAGGAGAACCUGCAGGACGCGACUCGGCAGCUGCUGGAGUUCCUGGUGAAGAAGUACGACUGGGUGCGCUGGUCGGUGCGGCUCAUCAACCAUUCGGGGAGCACCUACCGGAACUGGCGAGCCGGGGAGCACUUUCACCACGUGGCGGGCCGGAAGUGGUUCGAGGUGCUUCAGGUGAACGGCAUCAACCUGGUGGUGUCGUACGGCGGCGGCGGCGAGCCCCGGCCGGUGCCCCGCGACCUCAUCCGGCAGGCGAUGGAGGCGGGCCCGGGGAAGAAGGGCAACGCCCCCGCGGUGGUGGAGGCGUUGGAGAAGCAGCUGGGCGGCUUCGUCGUGCACGCCGUCAGCCACCACAAGGAGUCAGCGGCCGCGUGGAGCUUCCCCGACGACUGCCACUACUGGGAGAGGCACAAGAACGUGGCGCUGUGCGUCCACUCGGAAUAG